AGAGAGAGAGGAAGGAGAGAAAAGCUGUCAGACUUAGGGGAGGGCGCAGUUUUUCUCAAACGUGCAGUUUUAACCCCGUUCGAGACGUCGGUCCGUAAAGAGGCAAAAGGCUGCCGAUCGCUUGCAACAAAGGCUCGGGACUUACCUCCUGGCGUCACUCCGGGGCUGUGGCGUGUUAGAUCCUCUACAGGAAACAGGUCUUCCUCUCUCGUGCUUUGCUCUUUUCCUCUCUCUCUUUCCUUUCCUGGUGAUUGCAAAGCCCCCUUUGCCAAGGAGCCUCAUGCUCUGUGUAGAACAGCAGCCCAGGAGGCAGGAUGUUUUUUCCGCGCGGUCGGCUAGGCGCUAACCAGGUGCUGUCCCCGGAUCGCCCCCCUGCCUUCUCUCUCCUGCUCCUUCUCCCGUUGCUCCCGGUGCCAGGGCUGGAAGUGCAGCGCAAGUUCGUCUCGCCCACCGCCACCAACAACUUCGCUCUGGAUGGGUCGGGAGGCAGGAUCUACCUGGCGGCCGUCAACCGGCUCUACCAACUCUCCGGCCCCAACCUGACCCUGGAGGUAGAAGAGCAGGUGGGCCCGGAGGAGGACAACCCGCUGUGCCACGCUCCUCAGCUGCCCCAGGCGUCCUGUGAGCACGCCAAGAAGCCGACCGACAACUACAACAAGCUGCUACAGCCGGACCCGGAGCAAGGCAUUCUGGUGGUCUGCGGCUCGGUCUACCAAGGCUUCUGUCAGCUGCGCAGCAUGGAUAAUAUCUCCGUGGUGGCCGUCGCCUUCCCACCUGGGGCAGAUGGAGGAGACGCAGCAGCAGGAGGAGACCAGGUCACGGUCUUCCCCAGCAUGCUCAACGUGGCGGCCAACCACGCCAAUGCCUCCACCGUGGGCUUGGUGCUUAAGCAGGCUGGGCAAGACACGAGGCUACUGGUGGCCGCCACUUACACGGGCUUGGGCAGCCCUUUUUUCCCGCGCAACGCCAGCCUGGAGGACCACCGCUUCGAGAACACGCCCGAAAUCGCUAUCCGGGCUCUCAACGCCCGCGGGGACUUAGCCCGGCUCUUCACCUUCGACAUCAACCCCUCCGACGACAACAUCUUCAAGAUCAAGCAGGGCGCCAAGGACCGCCACAAGCUGAGCUUCGUCCGCGCCUUCCUCCACAGUGGAGCCCGGCCGCCGCCGCCUUCUCGCCCUGAGGAGGAAAAGGGCGCCCCUAGCGGCCGGAGACCCCAGGCUGGGGCAGGAGGGUCCCUUCUACCUGGGGGCGCCCCUGUCAGGAACAGCCGCCCGCCGGGCUCCCUUCCCCUUUCGCCUCCGGCAGGCGCUCCUCUGAGCCGCCCUCUGGGAUCCUAUGCCUACUUGGCCCUCAACAGCGAGGCGAAUGCGCGGGAAAAAGAGAGCCAUUCGCACAGCCUGCUGGCCCGCAUCUGCUUGGGGGACGCGGCUGAGGCGACGACCCUAAACGGCAGCAGUGGUGGCGGCGGUGGCGGCGGCGUGGAGACCAAGAAGCUGACCGAGUCCUACAUCCAAAUGGGGCUGCAGUGCAACAGCGGCGCCGGGCACGGUGGGGCAACGACGUCUGGCGGCGACCUCUUCAACCGGCUGGUGUCGGUGUUUCCCGCCAGCGCCGCCCUGCAGGUUGGCUCGGGAAGCCCUUCCCCGCCUCAGCCUGAGGAGCUGCUGUUCGGCGUGUUUGAGAAAGCCUCCGCCGUCGGCGGGAUAGGUUUUGGCGGCCGACCGGCGUCCCAGCCCUCGGCGCUCUGUAUUUUCCGCUUCGCAGAGAUUGAGGAGGCCAUCAGGGUGGCCAGGAACUCGUGCUUUGUGGCUCCAGACGCUGGGCUGGUCACUGUCCUCGACAGCGUGGUUCAAGGCACCGGGCCUGCCUGCGAGAAAAGGAAAAUCCAGUUGCAACCAGAACAAUUGGACUGUGGAGCAGCACAUCUUCAGCAUCCAUUGUCAAUCCUGCAACCUAUCAAGGCAAGGCCCGUGUUCACUUCACCAGGCCUUACAUCAGUGGCCGUCUCCAGUGUCAAUAAUUACACAGUUGUAUUUUUGGGAACAGCCAAUGGAAGACUAGUUAAGAUUAAUCUGAACAAUCAUAUGGAGGUGAUAAGCAGGGAGUCAAUCACUGUGGCUUACGGGGAGCCUGUCCAUCCCAUCAUGCAAUUUGAUCCUUCUGACUCUAGCUACCUGUAUCUAAUGACUUCCUAUCAGAUAGCCCGUGUGAAAGUAGCUGCCUGUGAUCAAUAUACUACAUGUACAGAGUGCUUAGCUGCAGCUGAUGCUUACUGUGGAUGGUGCACCUUGGAGACCAGAUGUUCCCUGCAACAUGAGUGUGCUAAUUAUGAUAAAUCCAAUUUCUGGAUAAGUGCAAGUGAGGGAGUGUUGCAGUGCCCUUCAAUGACCAUAAUACCCUCAGAAAUAAACUUUGAGAAGGAAAACAAGGGCAUGAUAAUCCAAAUAAAUGGGAAUAUUCCAAGUCUGAAUGGAAUGGAGAUGUCUUGCAAUUAUGGAAAUAAUAUCUACACUGUAGCACAUUCUUGGAGCCAAUUUGUUUAUUGCAGUUUUCUUCCUAGAGAGAAAUAUCCAGCCUUUCCACCCAAUCAAGAUCAUGUGAUUGUUCAAACUGCUGUACGGGUCAACGGCAAAAAUAUUGUAUGGGCCAAUUUCACCAUCUAUGAUUGCAAGAGAACUGGAAACAUUUAUCCAAAGACAGCGUGUAUCAGCUGCCUCUCAGCUAAAUGGAAGUGUUACUGGUGCACUAGAAAAUACACCUGUGUCUCCAAUUCAACUGAAUGUGAAGACUCAGUACAGAUGAAUAACAGAUCUGAUUGUCCACAGAUAGUGCCUUCUUCUGUUGCACCAGCAUCAACAGGGGCUUCCCAGGACAUUGUCAUCAAUUUGAAGAAUGCUGCCUUUAUAAAGGAGAUGCCUUUGGAAUGUCACUUUGAAACUGACAGGAUAUUUGAGGCCCAAUGGGUGAAUGCAUCUGCAGUUCAAUGUAGCAAUGUGCUGCUUCAUACACCAGACAAAAGGCACCUUUUUCCAGUAAAUCUUCAGCUGAAGGAAAAACCUGAUAGAUUCAUUGACAGCCCACAGAUGAUGACAGUGGAGAUUUAUAAUUGUGCAACUGGAAGUGCUGACUGUUCUCAGUGUCUUGGGAGAGAAGAUACGGGUCACCAGUGCAUUUGGAGCGAGAGUAGUUCCAGUUGCAGACUAAACACUGAGUCCCUCCAGAUUCCAGGCACAUGUCCUCCUCCUGAGAUCAGGAAGAUUGAACCCCUGAAUGGACCCCUAGAAGGAGGAACUCUGCUCACAAUACGAGGAAGAAAUCUCGGCCGUCGGUUCAGUGAUGUCUUUAACGCUGUCAAAAUAGGGAAUGUGAAAUGUUCACCGCUCCAGGACAGAUAUAUAGUCUCAGAGGAAAUUGUAUGCUGGACUGGAGAAACUCCAGAGGAAUUUUCUGAUGUGGUGACAGUUAAUUUGAGCAGAGAAGGAAAAUCCAGGGAGCGAUACUCUUAUGUGCAUCCAGUAGUGAAGUUUGUGUCUCCAUCUACUGGCCCUAAAGCAGGAGGUACCAGAAUUACCAUCACAGGGAAUAACCUGAGUGUGGGGUCUGAGCUCCGAGUUUUGGUUAACAGUACAAAAGAAUGCAGAGACCUCAGUCGCACUGACACUGCCAUCACUUGCACCAUGCCAGGUGUAGAAUUUACUACCACUGUGAGAGUCUGUGUCCAGUUUGAAAAGAAGACUUGCAUUGGUAAUAACAGCACCUUCAAGUAUGAGAAAAAUCCAAGUAUAACAGAUAUCAGCCCCAAAAGGAGUCAUAUCAGUGGAGGCAGAAUCAUCACUGUGGAAGGAAAUGGAUUUUUGAUGGUUCAGAAUGUGUCUAUGGUUGUUCAUACUGUUGGGAAAGAACAAACGAACUGUAAGGUUAACACCGACACUGUAAUUACCUGCCCUUCUCCAGCUGCCUCCAACUGCACUGGGAGCAAGCCAGCACCUGUGGACUUCUACAUCAAUGGACAACUGUAUACAGAUGACAGCCUUUUCCCCUUUGAACAUCCUGAGGAUGCUGUACACAUUAGCAAGUUCCACUUAGAAUACUAUAUGGACCCCCAGUUCUCCACAGCCAAGAAGGAGAAAUGGAUCAAACAUCACCCAGGAGAACCCUUGACACUAGUUAUACAUAAAGAGCUUGACAACCUUGGCCUGGAAAGCAAUGAGUAUGAAGUUAAGAUUGGCCUGAUUUCCUGUGAGAUCCAAAUUGUUUCAGACAAAGUUAUUCACUGCUCAGUCAAUGAAUCUUUGAGCACCUCAGAAAAACAGCUCCCUGUUACGAUCCAAGUUGGAAAAUUCAAUAAAACAAUUGCUAUGUUGCACCUUGGAGGAAGUGAGACGGCUAUCACAGUUUCCAUAGUCAUCUGUAGUAUCUUGCUGCUGCUGUCUGUCGUAGCCCUGUUUGUGUUUUGCACCAAAAGCCGCAGGGCAGAGCGUUAUUGGCAAAAGACACUUCUGCAGAUGGAAGAGAUGGAGUCCCAAAUCCGAGAAGAAAUCCGCAAAGGUUUUGCAGAACUCCAGACAGAUAUGACAGACCUGACCAAGGAGUUAAAUCGCAGUCAAGGAAUCCCAUUCUUGGAGUAUAAGCACUUUGUAACCCGAACUUUCUUUCCCAAAUGUUCCUCCCUCUACGAGGAGCGUUACAUUCUGCCUUCCCAACAACUCAAUUCCCAGAUGGGGUCUCAUGUCCAAGAAACUCACCCAUUAUUGUUGGGGGAAUGGAAAAUUCCUGAAAAUUGUAGACCCAAUAUGGAAGAAGGAAUUGCACUGUUCUCAACCUUACUCAACAACAAGCACUUUCUGAUUGUCUUUGUCCAUGCUCUUGAGCAGCAAAAAGAUUUUGCUGUUAGAGACAGGUGCAACCUGGCCUCUUUGCUUACCAUUGCAUUGCAUGGGAAAUUGGAGUACUACACCAGCAUCAUGAAAGAUCUCUUGGUGGAUCUAAUUGAUGCAUCUGCCUCUAAAAACCCCAAGCUUAUGCUGAGGAGGACGGAAUCUGUGGUUGAGAAGAUGCUGACCAACUGGAUGUCCAUCUGCAUGUACAGCUUCCUCAGAGAAACUGUAGGGGAGCCCUUCUUCCUGCUGCUCUGUGCCAUCAAGCAACAGAUCAGUAAAGGAUCUAUAGAUGCCAUCACAGGAAAAGCUAGGUAUACUCUCAAUGAAGAAUGGCUAUUGAGAGAGAACAUUGAAGCGAAGCCAAGGAAUCUUAAUGUGUCUUUCCAAGGCUGUGGGAUGGACUCACUGAGUGUUCGGGUGAUGGAUACUGAUACUCUCAGCCAAGUUAAGGAGAAGAUACUUGAAGCCUUUUGCAAGAAUAUUCCAUAUUCCCAAUGGCCAAGAGUGGAAGAUGUUGAUCUUGAAUGGUUUGCCACCAGCACAGACAGCUAUAUCCUUCGGGACCUUGAUGACACUUCAGUGAUGGAGGAUGGCAGGAAGAAACUGAACACAUUAGCACAUUAUAAGAUACCUGAAGGUGCCUCCCUAGCUAUGAGUUUAACUGAUAAGAAAGAUACUACUUUAAGUAGAGUGAAAGAUUUGGACACUGAAAAAUACUUUCAUUUGGUCCUUCCCACAGAUGACCUUAAUGAAAGUAAGAAAUCUCAUAGACAAAGUCAUAGGAAGAAAGUUCUUCCUGAAAUCUACCUGACCAGAUUGCUCUCCACAAAGGGCACACUGCAAAAAUUCCUGGAUGACUUAUUCAAAGCUAUUCUGAGUUUCCGAGAUGACAAGCUGCCUGUGGCUAUCAAGUAUUUCUUUGAUUUCCUGGAAGAGCAAGCAGAAAAAAGGGGGAUCUCUGACCCAGACACAUUGCACAUUUGGAAAACCAACAGCCUACCUCUGAGAUUUUGGGUCAACAUUCUGAAGAACCCCCAGUUUGUUUUUGACAUCGACAAAACUGACCACAUAGAUGCCUGUCUUUCUGUAAUAGCCCAGGCCUUUAUCGAUGCCUGCUCCAUCUCUGACCUGCAACUGGGCAAGGACUCACCUACUAAUAAACUAUUGUAUGCUAAGGAGAUUCCUGAGUAUAGAAAAAUAGUACAGAGAUAUUAUAAACAGAUCCAUGACAUGCCACCUCUCAGUGAACAGGAAAUGAAUGCACACUUGGCUGAGGAAUCCAGGAAAUAUCGGAAUGAGUUUAACACCAAUGUUGCCAUGACUGAAAUUUACAAAUAUGCCAAGAGAUACCGCAGUCAGAUAGUGAAUGCCUUGGACUUCAACCCCACGACGAGGCGCACACAGCUGCAGCACAAAUUUGAGCAAGUGAUUGCACUCAUGGAAGACAAUAUUUAUGAGUGCUGCAGUGAGGCAUAGGUGGCAACCUGGACUUUAUUCCACGUCUAGAAGUGACCUUCUCUACAGUGCACUGUCCUUUAAGGAACACCCUUUGAAAGUAUCUGUGUGUCAAUAUGUAGCCUGUUGUAUGUCUAUGAUGAUUAAGAAACCAACGUGAUGGUGGGGCUGGCCUAGUCUCCUCAAACUAUCUGGUGAAGUGAGGGUUGGCCACCAAACAGUUUGAAAUCCCUUGUGUGAUCUGCACUGCAUGGCACCCAUAAUUUAUUUGACCUUUCAGACAGAGGCACAACACUUGCGCUGUCAAAUGUAGUAGUUUCUUCUGAAGAGCUCCUACUUUUUUUCAAAGUGGUCGUCUUUGCCUUUUUUCAUUUUCCCAGAGAGACUCUUGUAAACCAGAGAUCAGGAUAUGGAAACAAUGCUGAGGUGGUUUGGAGAAAAACAGAGACAACUCGGGGAACACUGAACAAAGGUUUCAAAAGGCCCUUGGAGCAACAGUGGAACUUCCCUUAACAUUGCCCCUCUUCCUUCUGUGUACUGUAAAUAUCAGGGAAUCCAUUUACUGUACACAGUCUGCUGCAUUAGAUGUAUUUUGUGCCUUUUAUUUUUGUACUGUAUAUGGAAGCAUAAUGACAUCUUCAUUUGAGGUUGAAAAGAGGUGGGGAACUCAUAGACUAGACAAAGCAGUUGCUUCCUAAGUAGUCAUGGCAUGUGAAAGCACUUUAUUCCCCCCAACGGAAGUGGCUGUUACCUUGCUGGAGGGAUCAUUAUUGUGUAGCAGACAAUGUUGAAAAAGAACAAAUCAGUGCAGCUGUUCCCACUUCCCAAAGGUUCCCAGAUGUUUGUGCACACUGAACUGCAAUCGACAAAUUCCCCUCUAAAUACCCAUCUGGCUCCAGGAAUAAUUUUCCCUACAAGGAGAAUAUACACUGCAAGGGUCAAAGUGAUGCACUUCCUUCCCUUUGUUCUGCCCCUCUACUUUAGAGGAAAUGUACAGAGCUGAACUCUUGGCUCAUCAUAAAUUCACAGUUGGCUUAACACAAGACCACUGGUAGUUUCAUGAAAGUAAAAAACUGUGUCUGUUACUGCUCCAACUUCUUUCAUAAGGCAACAUCCUUUUAUGCAGUAUCCUAUAUUUGCAAGUAUUAUUGAAGUAUCAUUUAGUCUUAACUAUGAUGCCCCUUAACUGUUUCCCAUAUGCUUUUACACUGACUACAGUAGGAAGCAUUCUUUUUCUACUGUGAGGAUGAUCGAUGGUAGUCCUAGCUCUUUCUCAGAAUUCCCCUUUAGUAUCAUAGGUAGCUGCCUAAAGCAAUGGCUGUUGCAUACAAGAAAAU